AUGGCAUUGGUGGAUAUUGAUAGAAUUGAAAAACAAAUGCAAACACUUUUUGAUUUUAAAAAAGAGGAAAUACUUAAAGUGUCUGCAAAAACGGGAUUAAAUGUCCCUUCAAUUUUGGAUGCAAUUAUUGAAAGAAUUCCUCCGCCUAAUCUUGAAAUGAAGGAAGAAAAAUCUUUUCAGGCACACAUCUUUGAUUCUUGGUUUGAUCAUCGUUGCGGAGUCGUUUUACUUUUAUCAUUAACUACAGGCCAAGUUGGUUAUAUGUAUUGUGGAAUUAAAUCACCAAAAGAUAUUAUUGUCGGAGACACUAUAUUUGAAGCUGGAAAUAAAAUGGAUCUACAGCCUUUUAUGUCAAUUAAUAAAAUAAAACCAACAGUUUAUGCUGGGCUUUUUCCAACGGAGUCUUCAGAAUUUGAACGUUUAAAUGUUUGGGAUGGCGAGUUGGCUUUAUUGGUAAAUAAAUUUUAUUUAAUUUUAAUUUUCUUAUUUUUGGGAAAUUUACAUAUGGAAAUAUUUGGCCAACGUUUAGAAAAAGAAUAUGGAGAAUUGGCUGUUUUUACUUCUCCAACAGUUGAAUACUUGGCAGAUAUUGUUAAUAGUGAAUCAAUUAGGCAAAAACGUUAUGGAGGGAAAGAGCAAAUUAUAAUUUCAAAACCUUCAUCUUUUCCUAGUUGUCCAACAGAUAUUGUUUGUUAUCACGAGCCAGUAUCCCUAGUUUCAAUCGUUACUCCAGCCGAAUAUUUUCAAUUAAUUAAUUCUUUAUGUGAAAAUGCUAGAGGAGAAAAUAUAGAGACGAUGUAUAUCGACGAAACAAAAAUGUUACUUAAAUGGAGACUAACAAGUGGUUAUGCUUCUUUUGAUAUGAAAGAUGAUGGUUAUAGAGAAUGUAAAUUAGAGAAGAUUUGUAUUUAUUUAAAUGACAAACAGAUAGAAGAAUUAUCGUUAAUCUGUCCAAGUGUAAUUGCAAGAAAACGAGCUAAUCAAAUGAUUAAUAAAUUAAAAAAUGAAAUUCCUUCUCAACAAAUUGAAGUUACAAUAAGGGUUUCUUUUGGCACUUCGAGGAAAGCUGUGGCACAAGCAAUUAUUAAACCAAUGAAAAAAGAUUUUGCUGGAGUUUUGAAGGUUAUGGCUUUAUGGCCGCGCGCCGUUUUGGGCUGUACCCAUUAUUCUGUUCUGUUCAACUCACUUUUUUCUACAAGUUCAUUAAACUCGUUUUUAGGCAAUUUUGUGGCUGAUCGUCUUGGGAAAAAAUUAAAACAUCAAAGGGAAGGAAAAGAAAGAAUGAAAAAUGUGGGAAAUGUUAGAAUACCACAUCAAGCUUUCCUUAAUGUUUUGAGAAAAUAA